CAGCCCCAGUCUCAGCCCCAAUUUUAGUGGACAAAGACAGAGCGGACGGGGCCCCACGCCACCUGCUAUUGCCACCCUUCAAACCAUGGACAAUGAGAGUGUCCCCCUUAUACGAGCAGAACAGAGCCACGAUCACGGCAGACGACGGAAACCAGCCUCUGGAAGUGGUUCACCAGGCGAAAGUGGAACGGGGGACGGACAGCCGAUACCUGUUCAAGUAUCGCCUCCUUUGCAGAGAGUCAACGGGGAAGGAGAUGGUGAUGGUGAUGUCGAUGCCGAUGGAGAAGUUGAUGGCGAUGUCGAUGCUGACGGCGACGCAGAUAUGGAUGCGGAUGCUGAUGCUGAUGCAGAUGCAGAGAUAUUCGAGGCCGUAGCUGCUGCGGAGGCACAUUCUAGUGCACUGAAACUAGAGGAUGAAUAAAAAAAAUCCAGCCCAUCGUAGAAAGUAGGUGAAGUUAUUUAAUCCGAGGGCUGCUUGGGUGCUGCUCGAGGUACUUGGGGACGAUCGUUGGCAGUUGAGCUGAUCUGUAUGACCUUGAUUGUGUAGCAUUUUAGCUUCUCUUUUAUUCGUUGUGUUCUGUUUUGCGUACGUUCCGCUUUUAGCAUUUGCAGGAUGAAAUAUAGAUACUAAUCAGAUAUGGAUACGACUUUUGUGUACUUGUGAGCAGUUUCCUACGGAGAAAAAUGUUUGUCUGCAUG